AUUGACGUGUCUUAUGAUAACUGUCAGCAAAACAUCACUUCAUUACCUGUUGUUUACUUCACUGUCUGUCCGCUCACUCAACACAUCUCAACACAUCUCAAGACAUAUUGCCAUUCAUUGGCCACAAGACAUGAUGGGAACAGAGAUGAGGGCAGCGCUCAUCACUUUGGGAAGCGUUUUGCUGACGAGUGCUGUCAUCGGAAACGCUUACUUCCAGAAGAAGCAGUUCUAUCCAUCUGUGGUAUACAUCACUAAAUCUAAUCCAUCGAUGGCUAUAAUAUACAUUCAGGCGUUUGUCUUCGUCUUAUUGAUGGGAAAACUGAUGCGAAAGAUAUUCUUCGGACAAUUAAGGACCGCAGAGAUGGAGCAUCUGAUCGAGAAGUCGUGGUAUGCGGUGACCGAGACGUGUCUGGCGUUCACAGUCUUCAGGGAUGACUUGUCGCCCAAAUUCGUGGCUCUCUUCACACUCCUGUUGUUCCUCAAGUGUUUCCAUUGGUUGGCAGAGGACAGAGUCGACUACAUGGAGAGGAGUCCUAAUAUAUCACUCCUGUUCCACAUCCGAGUCAUUUCCCUUCUGUUCCUUUUGGCAAGUCUUGACUUCUGGUUCAUUCAUAUGGCAUACUAUAGUACUCUCACGAAAGGGGCGUCCGUUCAGCUGGUCUUCGGCUUUGAGUACGCCAUUCUGUUUGCUGUGGUCUUCAAUAUCCUGAUGAAAUACAUCCUCCACUUCGUUGACCUCCAGAACGAGAAUCCCUGGGAAGACAAAGCCGUCUAUUUGUUAUACACCGAGCUUUUGAUGGGUUUUCUAAAAGUGAUUUUAUACGUGACUUUCAUCACAAUUAUGAUGAAAAUACAUACCUUUCCUCUCUUUGCCAUCCGUCCCAUGUAUUUAAGUAUGAGAGCCUUCAAGAAAGCACUGAAUGAUGUGAUAAUGUCUCGGCGGGCCAUCAGGAAUAUGAAUACGUUAUAUCCUGACGCCACACCAGAAGAGCUGCAAAGUGUGGACAACGUAUGCAUUAUAUGCAGGGAAGAGAUGACAGGCAAUGGUAGCGCCAAACGGCUUCCCUGUAACCAUAUAUUCCAUGUGUCGUGUCUGCGCUCGUGGUUCCAGAGACAACAGACGUGUCCCACCUGUCGAAUGGAUGUGCUUCGAGUGGCGCCCAAUGCCGGCGCCCAACCACCGCCUCAACAGCAGCCCCAACAGCCCAGAGCACAGCCGGGAAUCCCGCAAAUCCCGCCGCAGUUUUUCAUACCCGCCAAUUGGCAACCAUUUGGUGCUGCCGUUCCUCAACCACAGGCCAAUCAAAUCAAUCAAAACCUUAAUAAUAACAAUAAUAACUUCAAUAACAACAACAACAACAAUAACAUCAAUCUUAACAACAAUAAUGUCAAUAACAACAACACGAAUGCAAAUACCGGUGCCGCCGGAGCCAAUACUGGCGCGCAAGCGAAUAGAGCCCCGACAGCCACUAUCCCGCCAUUCAUACCAUUCCCACCAUUUAUGCCAUAUAUGGCGCCUCCUAUGCCCACUCCUCCGCCCGAUUUGAGUCGACUAUCAUUAGAAGAGUUACGAGCGCUCGAAGGCAAUGAGAGACAGAACAUUGAGGCCCGGAUCAGGUGCUUAAGGAAUGUUCAGACUUUAGUAGAAGCGGCGGUACUUCAACUCCAACAGUAUAAUACUGUUGCAAAUCGUAUGACUGCAUCACAGAGCGCCGCAUCGGACACACCGUCCACUUCAGGUGUGGCCAAUGCGAGUGCAGCGCCCAAUACGAGCGCUAAUUCUGGUGAUACUCUUAGAGUUGAUAACAAUCCUCAAGAAGUGUUACGACAGAGACGUUUGCAGCGCUUCUCACAAACACAGCCGCCGAUCAUCGACUCGAAUACCGGUUCGGUUGCCGAACAGUCACCUCAAAGUCAGGCCUCAAACUCAACCAAUACUUCAAAUCAACCCUCAGAUAACAAUUAGUGAAACAAAACUAAAUACUUGAAAAUAUAUUAAAUUUUAAAA